AUGGCGAAAAAGGCAAAGAAGGGAAAGAACCGUUUGGACAAAUACUACCAUCUAGCGAAAGAACAGGGGUAUCGCUCACGUGCCGCCUUUAAGCUAAUCCAGCUCAACCGGAAGUACAACUUCCUGGGGAAGUGCAGGGCCCUGCUGGACCUCUGCGCUGCGCCAGGUGGAUGGCUGCAAGUGGCCGCCAAGACGAUGCCUGUGGGAUCUCUGAUCCUAGGCGUGGAUUUGGCGCCCAUCAAACCCAUUCGUGGCGUCAAGACGCUGGUGCAGGAUAUCACCACUCAGCAGUGUCGCAGUGCCAUCAAGCGGGAGGCGGGGAACGCCAAGAUGGACGUCGUGCUGCACGAUGGUGCCCCCAACGUGGGCGGCGCCUGGGCGAGCGAGGCCUACAACCAGUCGACGCUGGUGCUGGAUUCCCUCAAGCUCGCGGUUGACACGCUGGCGCCCAAAGGAACCUUCGUCACCAAGAUUUUCAGGUCAAAGGACUACAACGCGCUGUUGUACGCGUUUAACCAACUCUUUGAGAAAGUUGAGGCCACCAAGCCGGCGGCUAGUCGCAAUGCUUCCGCUGAGAUCUUCGUUGUUUGCAUUGGAUUCAAGGCGCCUGCCAAGAUUGACCCGCGCCUGCUGGAUCAUAAAGUUUUAUUCCAGGAGGUUACCGAGCCUAAGAAGGUAAUGGGCCCGGAGGCUCUGCUGCGGCAGAAGAUCAAGCAGCGACGCUUCAGGGAGGGCUACGAAGAGGGCAUCUCCACGUCACACCGCUUCACAUCUGCACUCGCGUUCCUGGUCAGCGACUCGCCUGUGGAGAUGCUGGGCAGCUUCACGGAGGAGCUGGCGGCCAAGAUUCGGAGCCAUGCCGCCACCACCGCGGAAAUUAAGUCCUUAUGCAAGGACCUGCAGGUGCUUGGGCGGAGUGAAUUCAAGCAGCUGCUGCGCUGGCGCCUGGCGCUGCGUAAGGACCUCAAGGAGGAUCUGGGCACCGAAGAGGAGGCAGCCAAGGCCGGCCACCGGAAGGCGAAGGCCGCGGAUGGCAAGCAGCCGCAGCCGGCGGAUGGCGCUGAGGCGCCGCAGGACCCUGAGGAGGCGCUCCUGGCUGACAUGGCGGCGCUGAAGGAUAAGAUGGCGCGGGAGGCUAAGCGCGAGAAGAGGAAGCGGCGGGAGAUGAAGAUUAAGGCGCGGCUCCGGGCGGCGCAGGCGGCCCAGGCGGAAGGGCUUGGGGAGGAUCCACAGCAGGUGAGAAGUGGAGCGCUAAGGAGGGGGGUGCGAACUGGUGGAGACGGCUUGGGCACCGGAUGGGGACGACGGCGAAGGUGCAGCUGA